ACGCGUACGGAGACACCAUCCACGAAGCUCCAUUCUGCCUUGCUUACCCGAGUCUCUCGGCACUUCAUCCAUCCACACUGAAGAAUAGUUACCUCGUCACUCUCGCCGGCUUCUCCUCACAACAACUGUGGGCAUGCAACGUGGAUACCAUCACAGCCCUUCUUCUCCAUGGACAAACUGCUUUCACUUGUUCAAAUGCACUUUAUAUGUAUUUAUCCUCAGUCUGGAACUGAGGAUGGCCGUUUCAGAGCCCCUUGACUCGGACGUCUUCGUGUUCUACCACAAGGGGUCACAGGGCUGCCUGGGGCUGCUGGACUCUGCGCUGGACGUGACGUCGGACUGCGCGGGGAUCGACCAGCAGUGGAAGUGGGUGUCGCGCCGGCGGCUCUAUAACGUGGGCGCCUCGCUGUGCCUGGGCCUGGUCUCCGGGAACAGCAGCGAGCUGGUGCUGGACACGUACCGCUGUCACACCGAGCGCUGGAGCUGGAACUGCAAGCAGGUGCUGGAGAUCCUCGACCACUAUAUGCCCUCCCCCCCGGCUCCCUCCGCCUACGCCGCCACCCAGGAGCCGCCCAGGGCCGCGCCCACCGAGAAACAGGGCUGGAGGCUGCUGGGAGACGAGCAGAACCUGUGCGCCAAGUCGCACCGCGACAUCUACACCAUCCAGGGUAACUCGCACGGCCGCCCCUGCAACUUCCCCUUCCUGUAUGAUGGCGAGUGGUUCCACACCUGCACGGGCAUUGGGCGUGAGGAUGGACACCUGUGGUGUGCCACCACCUAUGAUUACGGAGAGGACGAGCGCUGGGGCUUCUGUCCUGUCAAGAAUGAUGACUGUGAGACCUUUUGGGACAUUGACCGACUCACCAAGAGCUGCUACCAGUUCAAUUUCCAGUCCACAUUGUCGUGGAAUGAGGCACGUGUCAGCUGCCAACAGCAGGGGGCAGACCUGCUCAGCAUCACAGAGGUGCAUGAACAGACCUACAUAAACGGUCUGCUAACUGGGUACAGUGCCUCUCUGUGGAUGGGCUUGAAUGACUUGGACAUGAAUGGGGGCUGGCAGUGGGCAGAUAACUCGCCACUGAAGUUCCUACACUGGGAGUCAGAUCAACCGAACCACAGCGAAGAGGAGAACUGCGCGGUGAUCCGCACCGAGUCGUCCGGCCGCUGGCAGAACCGUGACUGUGGCGUGGCCAUGCCCUACGUCUGCAAGAAGAGACCCAAUUCCACCCUGGACCCCUUUAGCACUGACUCGUGGUCGGACAACGUCCGUGGGGAGUGUGACCCGGGGUGGCAGGCCUUCCAGAUGGGCUGCUACAGGCUGACGCCCGAGAAGAAGGACUGGCAGGAGGCCCAGAAGACCUGUCACAAGAUGGAGGCCAACCUGAUCAGCAUCCACACGGUGCCAGAGCUGGAGUUCAUCAUCCGCAACCUGAAGAAAGAUGUGGAUGAGCUGUGGAUUGGGCUCCAUGACUCCAAGAUGCAGAUGAACUUCGAGUGGUCAGACCACACCCCCGUCAUCUUCACCUUCUGGCACCCCUUUGAGCCUAAUAACUUCCGCAAUACCCAGGAGGACUGCGUUACUCUCUGGGGACCGGAGGGGCGCUGGAAUGACAGUCCCUGUAAUCUGUCCCUGCCUUCCAUCUGUAAGAAGCAGGCGCAGAAGAAUGACGGCACACAGGACCACGGCUGCAAACCGGGCUGGAAAUGGCAUAGUCCUUCCUGCUAUUUUGUUGGUGAGGAGUCCAUGACAUUUGAGGAAGCAAGAAAAGCAUGCGCUGCUGAUGAUGCCGCCCUUGUAACUAUCACUAACAGGUUUGAGCAAGCCUUUGUGAGUAGCCUGGUGUACGGGCGGUCCGGUGAUUACUUCUGGACAGCUCUGCAUGACCUAAACAACACUGGUGCCUUCCACUGGCUCAGUGGAGAUGAGGUCACCUUCAGCCACUGGAACCGAGACCAACCAGGACUGGACAAAGGCGGCUGUGUUGCCCUGGCAACAGGCUUUGCCACAGGACUGUGGGAAAUCAAAGACUGUUCCACCCGGGCUAAAUUAAUUUGUCGCUCAAACCUGGAUACGUCCCUGACCCCCGAGCCACCAGCCCCGCUCCCAACACCGAGUCUAACUGGAGUCUGCGCCCGGGGAUGGAAAAGCAGCAACACCCUGCGCCAUUGCUACAAGGUCUACCACUCUUCCCAGGUGGAAGAAAAGCUCAGCUGGCUACAGGCUAACCUUUACUGCAAGAAACACGGUGCCCAUCUGCUGAGUAUCGCCAACCAUGAGGAGGACCAGUUUGUGUUAAAGAUCCUUCAUGAGGUCUUUGGAGUGUCAGAAGACUUGGAGCAGCACUGGUUAUGGAUUGGGCUGAACCGCAGGAACCCAAUGAACAAGGACAGCUGGGAGUGGAGCGAUGGGCUUGGAUUCUCCUACCACAACUUUGGCCGUUCCAGCUAUGAGCAGGAUAUCGGCCAAUGCGCGGUGGCUGACCUUGGAACCACACAGUGGUCAGCAAUGCAGUGUGAGACCGAGCUGGACUGGAUCUGCAAAAUCCCCAAAGGAACUGAGGAAAAGGAGCGAGAGGAGGAAGAAGGCUCGAGCAGUAAGGAGUGGGUGACGUUCCAGCAGGCGGAUUAUAAGUUCUUUGAUCACAGCUCCACCUGGUACCAGGCCCAGCGUAUCUGCUCCUGGUUCCAUGCCUCUCUGGCCUCUGUGCACUCCCCUGAAGAGCAGACCUUCCUCACUGAGCUCAUGCGUAAGGUGUCCAAAGUGGCAGAUCAGCAAAGGUGGGUGGGGCUGAACGCCAUUGAAAUCGAUGGGCGUUUCCGAUGGUCCGAUCACUCUGUGCUCAACUACGUGUCAUGGGCCCCAGGCAGACCAGGCCCAGUCAGUAGGGACCGCAAAUGUGUCUCCAUGAUCGCGAACACAGGGGAAUGGAGCGACCAGAAGUGCCACACAGAUCUGCCCUAUGUCUGCAAACGAGUUAAUGACACAGCUACCCCUCCACCUACCCCUGCCUCCCCUGUGCCACCUGGGGGCUGUCCUGGUGGCUGGACACCCUUCCUCAACAAGUGUUACAAGAUCCACGGGUACGAGGAGUCCAACCGGGUCACCUGGGAAGUUGCCAAGGCAACAUGCAAGUCUCAGGGAGCCAGCCUCGCAGUGGUGUCCAGUUACUUGGAGCAAGCCUUCAUCACCACACAGCUGUCCAACGUGAGCUUCAACCUAUGGAUCGGGCUGUCGGACACAGAGAGCCUCUUCCAGUGGGUGGAGCGCGGGCCCCUCACAUACACAAACUGGGCCCCGGGGGAGCCUCAAGGAAGGAAAAACCUGCUCUCAAAGAUUGUGGUGAACUGCGGUGUCAUGCUUCAUGGGAACCCGGAGAAGAACACGGGCAUGUGGGCCACUCGCAGGUGUGAGGUGGAGAAGCAAGGCUUCAUCUGCCAGAAGAGCAAAGACCCAGCGCUGCCUGCAGGACAGGACACCCUGCCCCCCUCUGUGCAGGACCUUCAGUUCGGCGGAGUGCAGUACCGCCUGCUGAAGAAGCGUCUGGAUUGGGCGGGGGCACUGCACGUGUGCAGAUCCCUCGGCGCCACGCUGGCCACAGUGCAGAAUCCUUUCCAGCAGGCCUACCUCACCCUGCUGCUCAGCACCCAGAGGACUCACGCCUGGAUCGGCCUCUUCAGCGAUGGGGUUCGGAGCUAUACCUGGAUGGGUGAGAAUCAGUUGGCCUACAGCGAUUGGCGGGAGGGGGACCCCAGGCACACGACGGGCUGUGGUUACAUGACCCAAGAGGGCCUGUGGGCUACGGUCUCGUGUGAGGAAAAAGUGAAUACGGCCAUCUGUCAGAUCAGCUCAGAUAACCAGACGCUCGUCUCUGGGGACUGCCCUCAUCUCCUGGGCAACAUGAACUGGGUGCAUUUCCGCAACGAGUGUUACUCCUUCAACCUGCACAAGGUCAUGCUUCAACACGAGGCAGCCGACUACUGCCAGGGAGCUGGUGCUGAACUUCUGCACAUCAAUGAUGAGACAGAAAGUGGCUUUGUGUGGGAGCAUAUUGAGAGCUACCAGGAACAAGCCCAAGGAGCCUGGCUGGAGAUGGUCUCUAAAGGGGGCAGUGUGACAGGGUCUGAGAGCAACAAGGUGGCAUACACAAACUGGAAGGUGCAGGGCACUAACCUGAGCACACUGCCGGCCAAAACAUGCUUCUGGAUCCAGAGCAGCACAGGCCUGUGGACAACAGACCUCUGCAACGCCACCUAUGGUGUCAUCUGCCGGAUGGGCCAAAGUCCGACUCAUAGUUCUGCGUCUUCCUGGAAACCCGAUUACCAGCCGACCGUGCUGGUGGUGGUGGUGACCGCGCUGCUUCUGGUCCUCCUCGUGGCGGGAGUGAUUUACCUUUACCGCCGGCGCGCCGCGGCCACCCAAGGGUCCUUCGAGGGGGCGCGCUACAGCCGGACCAACUCCAACCCCUCGGAGCAGAUGGAGAAGAACAUCCUGGUGUCCGACAUGGAGAUGAACGAGCAGGCGGAGUAGCAGGGCCGAAGGACCCGUGGAGGUAGAGACACGGAGGACUGGAUGGACCGACUGACUGUUAUUUUUACUUUUUUAUUUUCCUUUGGGAAGACUGUGAGGCCGUGCAGAGCACGGCUGACAGCGGUCUUGAAUGGACACCAAAACCCCCUCGCCGAGCGUUGUGCCCCUGGCUGCAAGUGAAAUGCGCAUUCGGAUGCUCCCACCCUGCUACACCCAAUCAGAUCGUCAGCUCAGUUCAGUAGAUGGGUCACACGUUUCCCUUCUUUACUGCCAUUUAGCAGACACUGCUAUCCAGAGCACUUUAAUGCAGGGGUUAAAGUGCAGUAAAUUCCUAAAGGGGUAAGUGUAUUCCCAAGGAGAGAAUAAUGUAUCUGAAGAUACAUUUAUUCAGUACAUGAAGGAAGAAUUCACCCCUACACAAAAAAAUUGGGAUAGUGGCAAGACGCAAAGUAGGAUAUGUGUAAUAUCCUAGAGUUCCUCAGUGGUCAGUGGUCGUCCAAGCCCAUAGAAUAUUGUGUAUUUGGAACGCAGGACAUUCUGUGUUUAAAAAAAAAUCUGUGUUUUAAUCUCAUUCACUAUGCGUUCUGAUCAAAAUAACGAAUACAUUGGAAUAUCUGCAUUUAUAGAAUGCAUUAUGUUUUUUUCCUGCAUUUUGGCUCUUUUUUUCUGUGUAAAAGAACCCCAGAAUCCUGCGUAAAAGCAACCACUGUAAAGAUUUAGAGAAAUUACUCCCAAAGACAUGAGUAAGUGAGCAGAACUGUUUAUUUAGUAAGUAUAGGUGAAUUGACAUUCAUGCACUUGCCUACUUGAAAUCAUCCCUAAGUGUGUGGGAACAUUCCUUGUCAGUUGAUAAAGUGUCAAUACAGUUUUUUAAACUUUAUAUUGAAAGAGGGCAUUGAGGUUAACAAGUUAGUUGAAAUAAGAAAUUACACCAUUUCCAUGCUGACCUCACCUCGAACUUCAAUAGUCCCUUGCAUAGUAAUUUCCUGUUAUGUCUGAGUCAAAUAAGUAAAAUGCUUCAUGAGACAGGAUUGUAUUAAAAUGCCAAAUGCUGAUGGUCAUUGGGCAAUUUUAGACAAA